CCUAAAGCUUCUACCAACACUGACAACCUUGACCACUCAACGCGACCGAGGCAUCACACCAAGACCAACAUGCCGCCCUCUCAACCCAAGAAGCCCGACGUGUCUGCCGCGGCGAAAGAGCGCAACGAAUACAUCCCCUCCUUCAUCUCCAAGAAGCCCUUCUACGCAGUCGACGAGACUGGCGAGGACAACACCGAUUACCUCGAGCAUCAGCGUCUACAGAAGCAGGAGCAAGAUUCAAAAUGGUACGAUCGCGGGAAGAAGGUAGGGCCGGCUGCGACCAAAUUCCGCAAAGGCGCAUGCGAGAACUGCGGAGCCAUGACGCACAAGAAGAAGGACUGCUUAAGCCGGCCACGCAAGGCAGGCGCCAAGUUCACGGGCAAGAACAUCGAGGCAGACGAGGUCAUCCAGGACGUGCAACUAGGGUUCGAUGCGAAGCGCGAUCGAUGGAAUGGCUACGAUGCAUCGCAUUUUGAGGAAGUCAUUGAGGAAUACAACGCCAUGGAGGAGAUCCGGAAGAAGGCAAAAGAAGCUGAAAAGGGUGACAAGUCUGACGACGAAGACGAGGGCGACAAAUACGACGCUGAGACAGACAUGGGAAGGAAGCAAGCCACAUCUACGCGCAAUUUGCGAUUACGAGAAGACACUGCAAAGUACCUGCUCAACCUGGAUCUAGACUCGGCCAAAUACGACCCCAAGACACGCUCCAUGGUUGACAGCGGUGCAACAGCCGACAACGCAGCCCAAUUGGUAGCAGAAGAGGGCUUCAUGAAGGCCUCUGGAGAUGCAGCCGAGUUUGAGAAGGCGCAGCGAUAUGCUUGGGAGACACAGGAGCGCGGAGACAAAAACAAACUACAUUUGCAGGCCAAUCCUACAUCUGGCGAGGUCAUGCGGAAGAAACAGCUGAAGGAGGCUGAGGAGAUGGCCGCAGCCAGGAAGAAGGCCCUGGCCGAGAAGUACGGCACCCAGGAAAAGUUCACUGACGACACACUCCGCAAGACGGCUGUCACAGAGAACGAGCGAUAUGUCGAGUACGACGAGCGGGGCGGCAUCAAGGGUGCACCAAAAGUCAAGGCAAAGUCCAAGUAUCCAGAGGAUGUACUACUAAACAACCACACAUCAGUUUGGGGCAGUUGGUGGUCAAACUUCCAAUGGGGUUUUGCAUGCUGUCACUCCACCGUCAAGAACUCGUACUGCACAGGCGAGGCAGGCAAGGAGGCUUUUGAGCUAGCAGACCGGAUGCGAACCGGUGCUGACCUGGACGAAGUUCCCAAAGAGAUUGCAUGGAAAGAAGAGGCGGCUCUCGAGGAACACGUACCGAAUGCUCCAGACCGCGCUGAGAAAGAGAAAAGCGAUGCUGCCAGUCGGAAACGAGCUCUCGACGAGAUGACUGGAGGCGUAAAUGAAGAAGAAAUGGAAGAGUAUCGCCGCAAAAGGACAAUGGCUGCCGACCCUAUGGCAGCAUAUCUCAGCAAGGGAGGUAAAAGUGAGGCGGUUUAAGUUGUCCAGCCUUUCGUCACGGCGUCAUAGGGCAUCAAUAUUGUAUUACUAGUAGCAUUGUAUGGCGUUUAUACCCUUGAGUCGCAUCCGAGCAUAUCAUGUAAAAUGACAUAGCAGUUCCUGAUGAU